GUCACUUUCAACCUUACAGUACAUGGAAAGGGGAGAAGUGCAGAGAUGUUUCUGUCAUGCCUGAGAGGGGUCAGAAGUCGUUAAUGGCUUUGUCAUCACAAAGGAAACAAUCGUUUGGUGAAACUGUCAGCAGAAAAAGUAUGUGUCGAUCAGGCAUGGUCACCAGAAUGAUGGCCUCGCAGGAGCAGGUCUGGCCCGUCCCAAUGAAGGCAAUUGGAGCACAAAACCUUUUGACAAUGCCCGGAGGAGUAACCAAAUCAGGAUAUCUUCAUAAAAAAGGAGGCACCCAGCUGCAGAUCUUGAAGUGGCCAUUGAGAUUUGUGAUUAUCCAUGAGGGAUGUAUUUACUACUUUAAGAGCAGCACAUCUGCAUCUCCACAGGGUGCAUUUUCGCUGAACGGUUACAACAGGGUUAUGCGGGCAGUUGAGGAGACGACAUCAAGCAAUGUGUUUCCUUUCAAGUUAGUUCACAUUAGCAAGAAGCACAGGACGUGGUUUUUUUCAGCUUCUUCUGAAGAUGAAAGAAAGAAUUGGAUGCUAUCCUUGAGGAAGGAAAUCGAUCACUACCAUGAGAAGAAAGAGACAAUAACAGAAUUCAGUGACUCUGGUUCUGAUGCAGACAGUUUCUAUGGCUCAGUAGAACGUCCCAUUGAUAUCAAGUAUUCUCAUCAUUCAGCAGAUAAUGAAGAUUAUGACCAGGAGGAAGAGGAUGAGUCUUACUUGCAGCCAGAUACUUCUGAUAUAGUAAAAGAUGAUAUGGUCCUGCCCCCAGCCUACCCUCCUCCACCAGUUCCUCAUGUCAGAAAAGCUCCCUACUCAGAGUCAAGGGCGAAUUCCUUUCCUGGCAAAUCUCCUAUGCCAGUACCACCACCACCUCCAAAAAGAAGCUUACCUGAUAUGAAAUUAGAGGAUAUCUUAAGCGUGAGAGAAUCUCAGUGCCGAGCUGAACCUAAUCUAAAGAUCCAACCCUCGACUCGAAGGCUCAGUGAACAGCUGCCCCCUGUACCUCCUGUACCUCUACUCAAAAAGACUGUGGGUAUCAAAGAACCUUGCUCAUUGCCUCCAGAGCCUGUGCCUUUAGCUCAAGUUCUUGCUACUCCAGAAGGGUGCGAGAAGCUAAAAACCUUAAACCUUUCAGCACGAACUCCUCCUCCACUACCAAGCAAUAAACCUAAGCUGUCACAGCUUACUGAAAAACCAGUAGAGCCCAGAGUGCCAAGAGAACAUGGUAAACCUGGACUGUUUGUGCCACCAGUGCUCCCAAAGCCACCUGUGCCAACUCACCAGCCACCUGCAGUCAAGCCUAGACCUGAGAAGUUUUCAUGUCCCCAGUUACAGAGAUCACCACCAGAUGGACAGAGUUUUAGAAGCUUCUCAUUUGAAAAACCAGCACUAUCCCCCAAGCCAAAGCAACCUGAUAAUGAUUCUGAUGAUGACUAUGAAAAAGUUGGGCUGCCUGCUUCAGUAUUUCUUAAUACCUCUGAAUCCUUCGAAGUUGAAAGGACAUUUAAAGCUAGUAGCCCACGGGGACAACCACAGAAUGGAUUGUACUGUAUUAGGAACUCAUCAACCAAGCCUGGAAAGGUAUUGGUUGUGUGGGAUGAAUCUGCAGAAAAAUUGAGGAACUACAGAAUCUUUGAAAAGGAUUGCAAGUUUUACCUGGAUUCAGACAUCAUGUUUUUGAACAUGGGGAGUUUGGUUGAAUACUACAGCAUUCAUGUCUUACCUAGUCAUGACAGCCUGAUUCUUCAGUGUCCUUAUGGUUACUCUAAACCAAGGUGACAUGACUGGCAUAAUUCACUGGCGUUUAGGACAAAUACAUUCUCUACUGCCCUUGAAUGAGAUGUGGAGCCUCCUGCCAUUGCUGGACAUCCCAUUGUUUGCACACAAACUGAGUCUGUUUCAACCACUUAUUCUCAACUGAAUCGUACAUAACCUCCAUUUAAUGAACUCUUGGUAAAACCUUACAAUCCAGAUCAGUGGAUUUCAUGGUAUUUUCUUUUAAAAAGAGCUUAAGUGAUUAUGCUGUGAACACUGCCCAUGAUACCUACACCUUUUAUGAAACUGCUGCUAUUAGUAAUCUCCUUGGAAUGUGGAAGAUGGGUGUGAACAAAGAAGUGGUCUGAAUACAACCCAUACAGAAAAGGGAAACUUCUGAAAGUGUAUCAGAAUUUGCUUGUGACAGGGAAUACUAAUACUCUGACUUGAGGGUAUUACUCCUUAAGUCAGCACUGGUGCUCAACUGAGAAGUUUUGUAUUACUUGUAUAGUUGACAUGUAAAUAAUGAAGACUUCUGUGCAAAUAAUUUGAUUUACUAUAGGUAAAGAUGAUAAGGAAAUGUGGCUACUGUUUUUUAAGCCACAUCAUACAUAACCACAUAAACCUUCAGAUGACAAUGUCUGCAGUAAUCAGUAUCAAUAGGGUACUAGCCAGCUGGCAGAGCUGUGGCAUCCCACAGGUUGCUUUGUGACAUGCACUUCAGGUGGGCUAAUACUGAUUUGGCUUUCCUGGGAGCCCCAUUGCUUAGUUCUGAACUGGAAGAGUAGGUGCCACUGGUUUUAAUGGGUAUGAGGAAAGAGAAAGGGCUAUUUAAUCUUAAAGGGGAAGGGAAGGAGUCUUUUGAAUACCCCAAAUUGUGGUCAGCCUUUUGGGCUCAUGUUGUGAGCUCACUGCAUUCUGUGCUGUUCUAGGGCAAACACACUGCCUUAGUCUGCUGCUUGCAGAUCACCAAGAAUUUUUCCAUUAUUUAAAUUGCUCAUUGUAGUUGCAUGUAAAUAAAAUCUGUUUUUAACAUACUAUCAAGCAAUCAGUGAUAGGCAUUAUCAGGGUGCUUGUGAUAUUCAUUCCAUAAUAUUUCAGGGACAGGUAUCCUAAAACCAAGGGCUUGAUAUUUAUGCCAAAAUUACCCUAUUCCUCAACUUUAAUAAGAAGAAUAAAUUUAUUUUAAUGGCCUGUUAAGUAACUUUGAUUCAAAGUUUUUAUGGCCUCAUACUCUAAUGAUGUUUACAAGACUUGUAAUUCUGUCACUUCUGAAGCAGAAGAAAGAAUCUAGUUUCCAUCAGCCUGAAUCUGUACCCAUAAACUUCACUUUUUCUGUUAUCUUUUCACAUGUCAGUUUUAGUCUUGUUGCAGUUAGAUGGUCACAGCUUUGAAAUCAUCAAUAAAACCAUUACAGAAUAAGAAUUUUAUGUUUAUGAAAACAGUAAACCAGGAGUUAAUCCUUAAGAGAUUUACCUUAAUAAACAGAUGCAACAUUAGGACCAAAUACAGGAAUCAAGACAAGAAACUGUCUCUGCCUUUUUCAAGUGACACAGACAUACGCAAUAUCAGCCUUUUGAUCUGUGUCCCUACUGUAAUAGGUUUUAUGUGCAUAAAGAAUAUGCAGUACUUAAAUGUCAGAUUCUGGUGGUCAUAUUGGAUAUUUUGUUUCUAAUUACUUCUGUUUUAAAGGAGGAUCCCUGUGGUUCAUACCCUCCUAUGAAUCCACUCUGUAAAGAAGGCUCAGCCAACAAAGCAUUUAAAAACUGGCUUCAGCAUAUCAAUAUAUGGAUAUCAAAGCAAGUUCUAGUUUCUUGCAGUAUUUAUACCUGCUACUUACAGAGUACAUUUUUCUCCGGGAAUAACUGACUUCACAGUGUUGUGACAGUUACACUCACACUAUGUCUGGGGCCCUGCUCAGAUAUUUACUUCUUUUUGGCAAUCAUGUAUUAAGAUUUUUAAACUGUAAAAAUACUUAUGUAAUCCAAUGCCUAUAAAACAUAACACUGUCUACCUGUGUAAUACAAGACUUGCAAAUAUGUACAUUUUUGUGUUAAUAUCCUAUUUUUAUAUAAAUUUAUAUAUUUCUGAAGUGGAUAAACUUUCAGUGCCAGUUCACCUAA